AUGGUGGUCUCCAGAAUGGCAAUUAGUGAAAACUCUUGUGGUAAAGAUUUUGGUCCUACUCUGGGAUUGAAAAAGUCCAGUUCUCUUGAGAGUCUUCAGACUGCUGUGGCUGAAGUUAGGAAGAAUGAACUCCCCUUUCACAGACCCAGGCCUCACGUGGUCCGUGGUCGGGGGUGUAAUGAGAGUUUCCGAGCUGCCAUUGACAAAUCUUACGAUGGACCUGAAGAUGCAGAAGAGGAUGGUUUCUCUGAUAAGAGCUCUCACUCUGGUCAAGAAACUCGGAACAUGGAAUCUGCCCUUCCAGGGAACCCUGAAAUAGAAGAUGGAGAAACCCAUGCAAAAAAAGACAAAAAAAAUAGAGAGAAAGAGAAGAAGAAGGAAAAGGGCAAAUCUAAAGUAAAAGAGAAGAAAAGGAAGGAAGAAAAUGAAGAUCCAGAAAAGAAAAAGAAGAAAGGCUUUGGUGUCAUGUUGAGAUUUGGAAAGAAAAAAGAAGAUAAAAAUGGGAAAACAGAUCACAAGGGGAAUCCAAAGCAAGGCAUACUUAAAGAGGAGGAGCUGGAGAAAAUGAAAGAUGAACGUGAAAGGAUUGGUGCCAAACAUCAGGAGUUAAGACAAAAGCAACUGAGAGGCCUGAGUGAUUAUUCUGCUGGUCCUGGAGGACCUGACAUUGAUGAUGAUGAGGUGGAUCCAAAUUAUGCCAGAGUAAACCAUUUCCGAGAGGCUUAUCCAGGAGCAAGCAUCUACAGACCAUCAUCGCCAGCAGUAGCAGAAACUUUUAUAUAUCCACGUGAUUCGCCUUCAGGACCCAUGGAGAGGGAGCACUUGGAAGGACUGUAUGCAAAAAUAAACAAGCAGCACUACCAACAGACUCCUGGUGACAGCAGCUGUGCAGGUGGUGGGAAUGCUGAUCGUAUCCAGAAGUUACGGAAGGAAUACCAUCAGGCCAGGAGGGAAGGCCUGCCUUUCUAUGAGGAUGAUGAAGGAAGAGCACAACCAUCUGAUUACGACCAGCGUUGGGUGCCUGGAAAAGGUCCAGAUGGGAGCUCCUACAAUCUCCAUUUCGAGGGGAUGGAAAGGCAGUAUGCAUCCUUACCCAGACGUGGACCUGCAGAGCCACUGGAAUAUUUAACAGGGCCACGAGUAAUAUACAAAGAGAGAGAUCUUCCCUACUACCAAGGAGGACAGCCUGCUGUCCACCCAUCUAAGGGGAACUACAUCCGCACGCCGGACACAAGAGUGGCAGAAUUGAGGUACCCCCAGUACUACCCAGCCCAGCCCAUCACAAACCAGCAUAAAGGACCCCUCCGACAGGAUGUGCCACCUUCUCCUCCUCCAUCCCACCGAGCACCAGCUUAUAAUGAAAUUGUCCGACACCGUGGGACCAGUCCAGACCAGUACCAGUACAGGCAACAGGAUCCCAGGCAGAAGAACCCAAUGACUGCAGCUGUAUAG